AUGGGCAGCAACACGCGCCCCGGCUACACUCCAGCCCAGAUCCAUCAAUACUACGAUCGCAUCAACCUCCCUGAACGAUACCGCCACGAGCCCGGCAAUGCCAGCACAAACAUUGCUGCUCAAACCCCUACUGGCCUCGAGUUUCUGAGUGCCCUCCAACGCUACAACCUCGCCCACAUCCCCUUCGAGAACCUGGACUUGCAUUACAGCUCCCACCACAGCAUCAGUAUCGGUGCCCAAGAGAUAUUCGACAAGAUUGUAGUAGGAAGAGAUGGAAAGAAAGGACGAGGUGGAUACUGUAUGGUCAACAAUGCCCUCUUCGCCAACGUCCUUCGCGGUCUCGGCUUCUACGUUACUAGCCAUGGUGCACGCAUCAGUAGUUCCGUGAGCGCAGCAAAGGACAUCCCUUUGGAUAAAGUCACUUUCUCAGGCUUCAGUCACAUGGUCAAUCUCGUCUCGUUCCCCGACAACCCAGCCCUAAAAUACCACGUUGAUGUCGGGUUUGGCUCUGGUGGUCCUACCUUCCCUGUGCCUUUGCAGCACGACGAGAAGGGUAGAAUCAACAUAGAGCCAAAUCAAUGGGCCAGAGUUGUCCACUCACCCAUCCCAGGCACUGCCUCUGACCAAAAGUUCUGGGUUUACGAAAAGCGCAAUGGCGAUUCAAAUUGGUCUCCUUGCUACUGUUUCGCCGAAACAGAGUUCCUCGAGUCGGACUUUAGAGUCAUGAAUUAUUGGACCAGCACUAGCAAGGAUUCUUGGUUUACGCAAAUGCCUGUUUGUCUCAAGAUGCUGCUGGAUGAUAGUGGUGAUAGAAUUGUGGGCCACAUGCAUAUCCUCAAGACUGACUUUAAGAAGAGGGUCGGUAAAGAUGCGCUGGUUAGUAGAGAGUUGAAGUCGGAAGAUGAGAGGACAAAAGUCAUUGAGGAAGAGUUUGGCAUUCCCUUGAACGAGGAAGAGAGGAAGGGUAUACACGGCAUGGUUUCUGAGAUAGCAUAG